AUGGGGGAGGCGCGCUUCCUCGGCGGCGUCGCCGAGAAGUACGGCGUCCAAGCUUUCGACGUGUCCGAGGCGAAGCGGCUGUUCCUUGAGAUCUACGUGGAGACGUACUGCCAGGGGCCAAACGCCGGGGACAUCGCCUUCCAGGGCGCGGUGGCGCUCGUGCGCGCGCUGAGGGCGGCGGGGCUGGCGACGGCCGUGGCGAGCAGCGCGGCGCGCGUGAAGAUCGACGCAAACCUCGGGGCGGCGGGCUUCACCCCGGAAGACUUUGGCUGCGUUGUAUCCGGCACAGAGUUUGAGCGCAACAAGCCGUUCCCGGACGUCUUCCUGGCCGCCGCGCGCGGCCUGGGGCUGGCGCCCGCCGAGUGCGUCGUGCUGGAGGACGCGCCGGCGGGCGUCAGGGCGGCGCGCGCGGCGGGCAUGCGGGUGAUCGGCGUCACUACGACGCUGUCGCGGGCCGAGAUGGACGCCGAGGCGCCUGACGCGGUUUUUGAGGAGGUGGGGCGGAUCUCGGUCGCCGACAUCACAGGUUUGGUGGAGCGCGGGGCGCAGCCUGUUACAGCGCAGCAGCUAGGGGUGCCGGGCGCGUGA